AUGACUAUGGAGUCGGUCAAGACCCUCGAGUUCGACGAUGGUCAAUACCGCAAUGACGUCCUCGGCCUACCCUCCGAGGAAGCCGAGUUAUCGCAGGAACAGAAAUUGGUCGACGAAGCGCGCCAGCUAGGAUUGCAAAUGCCCGAGGUCGAGGUCGUGGCAUCGCUAACCGCCUCGAUCGCCUCCGGUAUGGCCGAUCUCUCCUCCCCGAUCCUGUCCUCGGGUUCGUCGACCGAUCGCAACUCCGUCUGCGAGAGUACGCCCAUCCACGAAUCCCCUCCACCUCUCGACCACGUCGCCGCCUCGCUGUCCGAGUUCACCCUGUCCUCCGAUCCCGCCAAAUGCGGUAGUAACCGAUCGAUCGCUUCGCUGUCUACCCGCCCGACGUCCUUUAGCUCGAGUGAAGGGAGGCUGGCGCAUGGGUUGGAGAGCCUCGCCGGCCGGACAGCGGGCCAACGACACUCCUUUCUUAGCGUCGGAUCUGGCGAGAAGAGGGAGCGCAGGAAAUCGAGCAUCCGGUCCGCCAUCGAUAAAAUCCAGUUUCGAAAGAGGCGGUCGCCUUCGGCUGUGCUUCUUCCGCCCCCGGCGCAGGUCACGGUCGCGGAGAACGACAGGAAGAAUCGAAUCUACGUGGAGGCCAAACCCGACACGCCGCGGGCCGAGGACGAGAACAAAGUGCUGAAGCUGGAGAUUCCGGUGUUCGACAACGAGUCACUGCAGAGGAGUCUCGACAGUGAAGAGUUGCAACAGAUGCGCGAUGCCCACCAGAUGGAGAUGAAUCGGCACCUCGCUUUUCAGGACAUGUUUAUGCGUCAGCUGCGCCAGAAACAGCAGACGACCGUCGCCGACUCGCUGUCAGCGAAUAAGAAGCUGGAAGAGGAAAAACGUGAAAAAAAUUCCGCCGCCGCCAUUCGAAUGGAAGAAAGACAACUCACCGUCGAGAUGGACCAGAUGCGGGAGUUUGAACGCGCCAAAGUCAAUUCACGCACGCGAAUAAAAUACAUGGAAGGAUUCUUCAACAACGCCAGCCCUCCUUCGUCACCUCAAGCAGGACCUUCGUCUGCACCCGACAUGCCCUCACCACCCACCCGCCAGUUCACGGCGCAGCACAAAGCCCAGCUGGCCCAGGAAUACCGGGACCGAGACUCCAUGGACCAACUCCACGAAUCGAAGAUUAAAGUUCUCCGGGACCGACAGGAGAUCCGACUCCGGGAAGCGAUCGCUCGCAUGGAACGGGAACUAGACGAUCUCAUCGACAAACAUGCUCUGGGAUUUGCCCGGCUCCAGAGCCGGCACCAACAGGAGGAAAUGGCCGUGAUGCAGGCCUUUGACGCCAGGAAAACACGAUUACAGCAUCGGUGGAACCUCGAGGAAGCCAUUUUGAGAAAGAAGCUCGAAGUGCAACACAAGCAGCCCUACGGUCCGCUCCCUCCGCUGUCCUUCAGCGACUCGCACUACGACACGCGGGACUCGGCCAUUUGCGUCACCGACACCACCGAGUCGAGCAGCGGCGAUGAGGAACAAACGCACCAGAAGAGAGAGGGAUCGGUGCUUUGA